AUGGACCGACAUUGUUGGUGUUUCCUUGAAUCACAAUAUUCCCAGUGUUUCUUCUUCUGCUCUGUCCUGCCGUGGCCUCGCUCUGGGCUCACGUGGGGUCAGAGGAGGGUUAGAGGAGGCUACAAAGAGGAGAGACCGACCGGAGCUUUCACCAAACUCUACAGCUGCAUCCAACACACCAAAGUCUGGGACCCCCACCCCUUCCGCAUCAUGUCUCUGUACCGAAACUUUGCCUGGUUCGUCAAGGGCCUCACUGAGUUCACCAAAAAUCCGUUCCUCGUUGCAUCGAAGCGUUUUGUGGAGAAGGAUCUGGACGUGUCUCUGGCCGGACGUGUGUUCAUGGUCACAGGAGCCAACAGCGGCAUCGGGAAAGCCACCGCCAUGGGCAUCGCCAAGAGAGGCGGCACGCUACACAUGGUUUGUCGAAACAAGGACAAAGCUGAAGAAGCCAGAGCCGACAUCGUCAAGGAAACAGGAAACAAAGAGGUCUUUGUGCACAUCCUGGAUCUGUCUGAGACUAAGAAGGUUUGGGAGUUCACCGAGGGCUUCAAGCGGAAAUACAAGACCCUCAACGUCCUGAUCAACAACGCCGGAGCCAUCAUGAGUCAGAGGGAGGUGAACGCCGAGGGUUUGGAGAAGAGUUUUGCCACCAACGUCCUGGGGGUCUACAUCCUCACCAAGAGCCUUAUUCCUCUGAUCGAGAAGAGCCCAGAUCCCAGAGUGAUUACAGUGUCUUCAGGAGGGAUGCUUGUGCAGAAGCUGAGAGUCGGAAACCUCCAGUCAGACAGAGGACGCUAUGACGGCACCAUGGUCUACGCCCAGCACAAGCGGCAGCAGGUGGUCCUGACGGAGCAGUGGGCAAAAGUUCACCCCACCAUCCACUUCUCGGUGAUGCACCCCGGAUGGGUCGACACCCCGACUGUAGCCAACGCGAUGCCAGACUUCCACCGGUCCAUGAAGAGCAGCCUGCGUUCUCCGGAGCAGGGCGCCGACACGGUUCUGUGGCUCGCCGUGUGUGAAUCAGUGACCAAGAACCCCAGCGGGAGAUUCUACCAAGACCGAGCCCUGGUCCCAGCCCACCUGCCUCUGGCCUGGACCCACAGCUCUCCCCUGGAGGAGCAGAAGCUGAUGGCACUGCUCGAGGACAUGGCCAAAACCUUCCAACCGCACUGA